GGGGGACCAGCCUGCAGGUCGCAUUAUCCGGGCGUCUCUUUCAUCCGACAAAUCUGCUUCCCCGUUACACAUUCAGACCGAAAUCUGGAAGAUAAAAGAAGAACUUUGAAUGGAAUAAUGACCCGGAGCUUCGCCCGCCCCUCACCCAUCCUCAAUUCAUAGGAGGUCAAGGGACCCCAUGGAGAGGCGAGGGAUGGAUUCUGCGGUGGUCUGCGCUCUCUCAUUCAUCUUAUCGCAGGUCCUGGUGUCAGCGACUCGAGGUGUCUGCAGACCGGGCUGUCAUCCCGAAAACGGGUUUUGUGAGAGUCCCGGGGAAUGCAGGUGUCGCCCCGGGUGGAAGGGGCAGUUCUGUGAUCGGUGUGUCCCGUUCCCGGGGUGUCUUCAUGGCGGGUGCACCAAGCCCUGGCAAUGUAUGUGUGAGGACGGAUGGGUUGGCAGCCACUGCAACAUUGACGUCCACCCCUGCGCGGCUUACCCAUGCUCCAGAAACUCCACCUGCAUCGAGACCGGUGACGGCGGAUAUAUUUGUCUCUGCGCUCCGGGCUUCACCGGGAGAAACUGUCUGGUUAAAAUUGGGCCCUGCAUCAGAAAUGGGUCUCCAUGCCGGAAUGGAGGGACAUGUGUGGACAACAAUGGCUUUUCUGGCCAGGCCUCAUGCCGGUGUCUUGAUGGUUUUGCAGGUGACUACUGUGAAAUAGACAAGGAUGACUGCAGCCCCAACCCUUGUGUUAAUGGAGGAAACUGCACAGACAUUGGCCCUAGCUUUCGCUGCCAUUGUCCAGCUGGGUUUGGUGGUCGUUCUUGCUCUGAACUUCUUUCAUGGUGUAACAGUAACCCUUGUUCUAAUGGUGGAACAUGCUAUGAGAAGCUGGACGGGUUCCAAUGCUCCUGUCCACCAGAUUUCUCAGGAGCCACCUGCGCUUUUCCUACAAAAAGUAAGAGCUUAUCUACCAAUGAGCACACCUAUAACUUCCCGCCACAUCACAAGGGGUUCCACCACCCGGCCCACGAGGUCCUGAAGAUCACCAUGAAGGAGACCAUCCAUAAAAAUGACCCUCUCCUCCACCAAAGUCAAAUCAUCUGCUUCAUCGUCCUCGGCCUCCUCACUUGUCUCAUCGUCCUCAUCACCAUCGGCAUAAUCUUCAUCUCCAAAUGUGAAACGUGGUUGGCCAAUGCAAAGUACAGGCACUUAAUUCGCAAGAAGAAAGAUUUUUACGUGAAAGCGAGCCGAGAGAACGGAAACGACGUCAAAAUAAUUUUUCCUGAAAAGGUGAAAAUGGCGAACUACAGCCGAAGUUACACUACGAUAUAGGAGGGGACGCCGAACCGUCUUUGUAAUUUGAUGUUUUCAUGUUUCCAUCUUCAUCUCUAUGACUUUGAACGUGGAACAAUAAUAGUGUAUUGGGGGAAUGGCGAGGUCGGUAAAAAUGGACAUUUUCAGGCGCUAGUGGUGUGUGACCAGUUAAUAGCUUAUUCAAUGUUGUAUUUCAUUAUGGAUAAUAAGAGUGGAGAAUGAUUAGCGCCUCUGACAACUUUUAGUUGCCACCUGUAAGCCUAUUGAGGAAAUUUCCCUUGAUGUCCUGUCAGG